CUCUUCUUCUUAAACACAACUCAACACACAACAACAACAACACAACCACCAAAACAAAAACCAAAUACUAUGACUUACAGCCAAACACUCGGACACAACAACAACAACAACAACGAAAAGUACCAGAUCUGCGAAGAGAUCGGUCGCGGACGCUUCGGCACCGUGACUCGCGUCUACGCUCCGGCCACCGGCGAGUUCUACGCCUGCAAAACCAUCGAGAAGAGCUCUCUCACCGACGAUCUCGACCGCGCGUGCAUCGACAACGAGCCUAAGAUCAUGGCCCUCUUGUCAUUUCACCCGAACAUCGUCCAAAUCCACGAUCUGGUCGACACGGACUCAACUCUCUCCAUCUACAUGGAGCUGGUCGAUCCCUCCGUCUCGAUCUACGACCGUUUAGUUUCCUCCGGGACCUUCUCCGAGUCCCAAACGGCGUCGUUCGCGAAACAGAUCCUCCAGGGUCUCGCGCAUUGCCACCGAUACGGCGUCGUUCACAGGGACAUUAAACCGGAGAAUAUUCUGGUGGAUCUUAGGAACGAUGCGGUUAAGAUCUGCGAUUUCGGGUCUGGGGUUUGGUUGGGUGAGGGAGAGACUACGGAAGGUGUGGUGGGGACGCCGUAUUACGUGGCGCCUGAGGUUCUGAUGGGUUAUACGUACGGGGAGAAGGUUGAUCUGUGGAGUGUGGGAGUUGUUUUGUACACGAUGCUCGCUGGAUCUCCGCCUUUUUACGGGGACACGGCGGAGGAGAUUUUCGAGGCUGUGCUCAGAGGGAACUUGAGGUUUCCGCCGAAGGUGUUCAGGGGAGUUUCGUCGAUGGCGAAAGAUUUCUUGAGGAAGAUGAUAUGUAAGGAUGCUUCUCGAAGAUUCUCAACCGAACAAGCUCUCCGACACCCAUGGAUUCAAAGAGCAGGAGAAGCAGAGGAGAGAUUCAUCUAAGAGAAUGAGUUUUGAAGAGAGAUUCGGAUAUAUAAUAAAUGGGAAACCAAGAGAAUAAAUAAAAGUAGUAACGGAGUAGUAAUAAAGAGUUAUCAUCAUCAGUAGUAGUGCUUAUCGCCCUUUCUUGUCUAACAGGUGUGUGUGUGUGUCGGCAUGUAAAUUUGGGGGUUUGGCUUUGUAAACUCCGCCCUGACCAGAAGACUCUUCUGGAAGAACGCAUGAGCUAAAUAAAAGAGCUUGAUGCCAAGCUGGAUGGCUUGCAUGCUGAUAAGUCGUUAGGGUAGACGUUAGUGUAGAGUAUAACGAUCUUUUCCGCCUUUUACGGGUUUUUUUUUCCUUCUGGGGUGUGUAAAAGGAUGAGAAAGCAGAGUUGUACUCUCUUUUUUUGCUUUAUCUAUAAAAUAAGUUGCUAUGUU